UCAUCGAAUUAAAAUAAUCUAUUGUUAUCGUAUGUGAUUUUUACAAUUUAAUCUUUGCAAUAAGCAUAUAAAUAUGUGUAAUUAAUACUUAGAUUAAACAGUUAGUGGGCUGGUACAUACCAAUAUGGGUUUCAAUAAAGUUGUUAUUUUUGCAACACUCCUUGUUGGGAGUUUGGCCGUCCCAGCAGUACCAGUCCAAGACGAUCUGUCCCCGUGGCUGUACCAUGUGGAGCCUGAGGCGCGCAUCAUCGGCGGGUCGCAGGCGGCUGACGGCAGCGCGCCGUACAUGGUUGCGCUGACGCAGGGCACGUGGGUUGCGAGCUUCUUCUGCGGCGGUUCCCUCGUCAGCACCAGGACUGUGGUGACCGCAGCGCACUGCAUUGAUGCCGUCAUGUGGGGCGGCUCGCUCUCUAGCUCCGUCCAAGGCAGAGUCGGCACAACCCGCUGGAGCUCAGGCGGUACUGCUUACCCUAUCAAUCGUGGCGUCAUGCACCCUAACUACAUCUCAUCGACCAUCAAAAACGAUAUUGGUAUCCUGGUGACCGCAUCAGCUGUGGUGUUCAACAAUAUCGUCCGGCCCGUGACUCUCAGCUACAGCUGGGCGGGUACUGGUGUCCUGGCCCGCGCUAACGGCUGGGGUCGCACUAUUGUUGGUGGUGCCUCCUCCGCAACACUGCUGGAGCUGACCAAGCAGACCAUCGACGGCACCGUGUGCCAGCGGCAGGUGGCCACGGUCGCCCAGUCGCUCAACAUGUUGGCCCCACCUGUGGACCCAGCCAUCGAGAUCUGCACCUUCCACUCUGCUGGACACGGCAUGUGCCACGGUGACUCCGGCAGCGCCUUGAUCCGCGUGGACAACGGCCAGCAGAUCGGCAUCGUGUCGUGGGGCGUGCCCUGCGCACGCGGCGCUCCCGACAUGUUCGUGCGAGUCAGCGCCUACGAGUCCUGGCUUGGACAAAACAUCGUCUAAACCAACAGCCUAUAUCCCACCGCCGUACAGGCCUCCCCUCAUUCAACUGGAGGGGGUAUGGAGCGUACUCCACCACGUUGCUCCACAUGUGACUAUAAUAACUACCACAUGACAGUAACAAAUGUCUUCCUAUCACGUUGGUUUUACAGAAAACUCGGUGAAGGGUGGAUACUUAGUUCAUCUCGCGAUGGAUAUUAUGUACCUCUGACUACCCCAAUUGAGAUAUAAGUCUAUAACUGCUGCUGAUUCGGUAAUUGCGCACGCUAAAUAUAUCUGAUGCCGAGUA